UGUAUAUCUACACUUCGAAAUGAUGACAGCGGAACUACCCAUAUCAUUACGAUGUUUCAUGACGACUUAAUUUACCCGACGAACAAGGUGAGAAGCGACAUGUCCGAGUCCGGCCACAGCCAGCCCGGGAUGUACGGGCAGGGACGCAGGAGGAGGCGACGCCGAGGAGACAGAGAUGCUGGACUUCCUGGGCAAAAUCUGUCCGGUCCCAGUAGGGACCGAGAAUAUCAACCGAGAGAACGAAGGGAUGGGAGCGAGGAUCCACCAGGACCACUUAUUCAGAAGACCCCCAUCAUUCUUGCAAAACCCCCUGGGGAAAGGGCCAAGCCGUCACAGAAUGCACCCAUCAGUGGAGCUCCAGUCCUGGAGAAGCCCAUUAUGCUAAUGAAAGCCCGGGACGAUGGAGGGAAGCCGGGCACCCCUCCCGAAGCGGCAGCUCAGCCCUCUGGUCCUGGGCCCUCCAAGAUGGAGAGGGAAGGGCAGCGACCCACCCAGCCUGUUUACCAGAUCCAAAACAGAGGAAUGGGUGCAUCUGCAUCAAGCAGCGCUGUUGACCCCAUGGUGGGCCAGUCUAAACUCCUCCCUCCGGAGAAGAUGAAGCACAGCAUUAAGCUUGUGGAUGAUCAGAUGAAUUGGUGUGACAGUGCCAUGGAGUAUCUGAGGGACCAGACGGAUAUGUUGGUGGUGGGAGUCAUUGGCCUGCAGGGAAGUGGGAAAUCUACAAUCAUGUCACUGUUAUCUGCCAAUACUCCAGAGGAAGAUCAAAGGGGCUAUGUAUUCAGAGCCCAGACUCAAGAAAUCAAGGAAAGAGGAGGAAACCAGAGCACAGGCAUUGAUUUCUUUAUUACACAGGAGAGAGUCAUCUUCUUGGAUACACAGCCCAUGCUCAGCCCAUCUAUUCUCGACCACCUCAUCAACAACGAUCGGAAGUUGCCUCCAGAGUACAACCUCCCUCACACAUAUGUUGAGAUGCAGUCUCUUCAGAUCGCUGCCUUCCUGUUUACAGUGUGCCAUGUGGUUAUUGUGGUUCAAGACUGGUUCACAGACUUAAACCUCUACAGGUUUCUUCAGACUGCUGAGAUGCUCAAACCUUCCACUCCGUCUGCAAGCCAUGACAGCACUGGUUCUUCAGGCAAUGACGAUGGAGCAGAGUACUAUCCUCAUAUAGUGUUCCUCCAGAAUAAGGCCAGGCAGGAUGAUUUCUGCCCAAGGAAUCUGAAGAAUAUGCAUAUGGUGGUGGACAAAUUAAUGGCCCACUCUCAUCUCAAAUACAAAGUAGAGCAGGUCUGUGAAGUAGGAAGGAUCCUGGUUAUGGAGGGCUUUGUGGGUGAAGAGGAGGACUUUAAACUGGAUGUGUUGGGAAACAGGGAGGUGAAGGUUCUGAAGGACAGGAGUGAUGUGAUCCCGGGAACAGGUAAAUUAUCCAUGCUAGACUGCAAUAUCUUCCCUGGCUUGGGGCAAGACUAUUUGGCAACUGAAGUCAACAUGUUCCUCCUCCCUAUGCAGGAGAAUGACGGCGAGGAUAAUCUGACUAAAGCAGGGUCGGGAGCAUACCCACUCUUCUCUCUGCUCCCGGGGUACAGAGGACAUCCUGCCUUCUCCACCAUGGUUUCAAAACUCCGCAGCCAAAUACUCGCCAUGCCCCGCUGUCAGUUGUCACACACCAUCCUCACCGAAAAGAACUGGUUUCACUACGCAGCGCGUAUCUGGGAUGGGGUGAAAAAGUCCUCGGCCCUCUCCGAGUACAGCCGUCUGCUCUGCUAACACCUUGGAGGAACUGCUGUCAUAUCCAAUAGCAGUUGAAGCUGUUAUGUCCAAUAACCAGGUCACAUAAAGAAUAAUUGUGGCUCUGAAAGUGGAGAUGUUCGUUUUCACCCUACAUGAGGGACAAGUGAAACUGGAAGCCCGUUCAGUGGUGAAGAGUCAGAUAUAAAGCAGGACACCUUUCUGCAGACUUUGGUGGGAAUGAAAACCUGUGGACUCUUGGCACUCCGUGUCAGAAAGUGGUGUAUCCCUGCCCUGUUGAACAGACACAGCUGAAACCUGUACAGCAGUGGUGAGAAAGAGAGGUGAAACCAGUUAUCUGCACAUGUGUAGGCAAAAUGUGACAGUUUUUUUUAAUUUGCAAGCCAUUAUUGUAAUUGCAGUUUUGGUUUACAUGUUUUCUCAGAUUAAAAUAUAUAAUUCUUUA